AUGGCGCGCUCCGCUCAUUCGCUGGCGGACCCCGCCAUGCUGUCCAAGAUCGACAAGCUGUUUGCUUGCAACGUUGGCCACCAUAUUGACCUCCCGCAGAUUGUUGUCGUCGGUGACCAAUCCUCCGGCAAGUCGUCCGUCCUCGAGGGCCUCACCCGCCUCCCCUUCCCGCGUGACAGCGGCCUCUGCACGCGCUUCGCUACUCAGAUCACCUUCCGCCGCUCGCAAGCCGCUUGCGUUUCGGUUUCAAUCAUCCCAGGCAAGGAUGCUACCCAAGACCAUGCCGACGCCGCGCGCGCCUGGAAGAAGGCUGACCUUGCGGCACUUGACCUGGAAGCGUUUACAAGCAUCAUGCAGGAAGUUCAAGGCGUCAUGGGAAUUGACAAGAAGAAGACUUUCUCGUCCGACGUGCUGAGCAUCGAGGUCACCGGUCCGGACCAAGAGCACCUCACUGUCAUUGACGUGCCCGGCAUCUUCCAGCGCGUCACCAAGGAUGUUACCACGAAAGAAGAUAAAGAGUUCGUCAAGUCUAUGGUGUUCGACUAUAUGAAAAACCCGCGCUCCGUUAUGCUCACUGUCAUCCCUGCCAACGUGGAUGUUGCAACUCAACUCAUCCUCGAGAUGGCAGAGGAGGUUGACAAAGAAGGCCAGAGGACCCUGGGUGUCUUGACCAAGCCAGACCUCGUUGACAAAGGUGCUGAGAAGGCUGUUGCUGACAUGGUGGAGGGUCGCACUCAUCAACUGAAUCUGGGAUGGUGCAUUGUCAAGAACCCAGGUCAACAGGACAUUGGAAAUCUGGAUUUUGAUCGCUACGCCGAGGAAGACGUCUUCUUCAAGACUGUUGAACCUUGGAAGGGUCUUCCUAUGGAUCGGCUCGGAGUCGAGGCGCUGAGAGAGCGUCUGCAGCUGAUCCUCGCCGCCCAUAUCCGUCGCGAAUUCCCCAAGGUCAAGCUCGAAGUGAACUCUAAGCUCAAGGAAGUCAAGAAGGCGCUCGAAUUCAUGGGUCAAAAGCGUGAUACACCCGCCGAACAGUCGCAGUUCCUCAUAGACAUCGCCACGCGCUUCCAAGUCAUCGCCACUGAGGCUCUCGAUGGGAAGUAUGUCAACGACUGCUUCUCGCAGUUUCCGAUUCUCAAGCUCGCGACGCAGGUUGUCAAUCGCGAAGAAGAAUUCUCAAAGGACUUUGCACUCUUCGGACACACCUACCACUUUUCAUCCAAAGACGAUGAUGAGGAUGAAAGUGCUCCCCAGAAGCCAGUCAACCCGUAUGAAAACAUAGCAGCUCAUGCAAACACACCUACUCAAACCCCCCAGCCCCAGGGAAAAGUAAGCACUCGAACCCUGCCGGCUCAGAUGAAAGAAGCCCUCGCAAGCGCGCCGCUAAAGGUCCCGCCUCAGGUACCAGCCUUCGGAAGCACGCAGCCUCUCGGAACCACCUUCCAAUUCUCGCAGCCUCAGGUCAAAGCACCAAUCUCAAGCUCGAAAGCUCAACCCGAAUGUAGCUCGAGGAAGCGGCCGUUCCCCGCGGCAGGUUUAUCGGAUAUACUCCAUGACAACACGAAGCUGCCUUGUCCAAAGGGGUCCGAAAUCUUGAAAUGGCUGUCGGAAACUUUUGUCGAAAGCCGUGGGUUUGAGCUGGGCAACUUCUCUCCGGCACUCCUCGGCACGACGAUGAAGGCUCAAUCGACGAAGUGGGAUGACUUGGCCUUCGGAUUCAUAUCCGACAUCGUCUACAUAACCGACUGCUUCAUCAUCAAGCUGCUCAGUCUGGUAUGCCCGGACAACAGGACCUUUGAUCGUCUGAAGGAGAUGCUGGUAGAUGAGCUACAGGUUCGUUACAAGAAGGCGUUCGAGCAAGUGCGUUUCAUCUUGCAGGUUGAACGCUUCUGUACGCCCGGUACCCUGAACCACUACUUCAACGACAACCUCGAAAAAUGUCGCCAGAAGCGCCUGCGCAAGCUUGCUGAGUCCAAGUCUCGUUCAAAUGAGAGCGGUAUCGCAUUCGUGCGUGUGGAUGACUUAGUUCAGACCUCGACUGCCAUGAGCAACAAGGACCAUGCUGUCCAGGACCUCCAUGACAUCCUCAAGGCCUACUACAAAGUUGCUCGCAAGCGCAUCGUCGACAACAUCGUGAGCCAGGGUGGCCGUUACUGGCUUAUCAUUGGCCCAGACACGCCACUGAAGCUCUUCAACCCCACCUUCAUCAGCCAGAUGUCGAUGGAGCAGCUGCAGGAGGUUGCCGGAGAAGAUGCCUUGACCAGGCGCAGGCGUGCGCAGCUUCUCAGGGAGCACGAUGACUUGGAGAAGGGCCGGAAGAUCCUCUCUUAA